AUGCGGGGUUGCAAGCGUUGCCACCCGGACUUCUUCCCGGUGCGGAGAUCUUUGCCCGGACAGAAUUCGGAGAAAGGUCAUGUUGAAGGCCAGGAACUCAUCACUGCCCUCCUUCUAUCAUCACCGUCGUCUCAUCUUACAGCAACAGAUAUCACGGCCCCUCUGAUUCCGCCCCAGGCCCUUUCUCACACAUCCCGCAUAACGUCACUCCAAACAGACCUCACUUCACCGGAGGCCGUUGCUUCCCUACUUACGAACCGCCCGCGAUUCAGCGCAAUCUACCUUCUUCAUGGCAUCAUGUCCGGAGGCGCGAAAACAAAUCUUGAACUAGGUCUUGCCGUGAAUCUCGACAGCCACCGUCUCAUCCUCGACGCCUUGCGCCAAGAAACAUCGCCGCAUCGCGGAACUGUUGUGGUAUUCCCCAGUUCAUUGGCGUCCUCGUACGGCACGCAGAAGCUGAUAAUUGAGACGCUGCUGGGAGAUUACUCACGCCGUGGACUCUUGGACGGACGGAUCGUGCGGCUGCCUACCAUCAUCGUCCGUCCGGGCGCCCCGAGCGCUGCGGCUUCUUCCUUUGCUUCGGGUAUUGUGAGAGAGUCACUCAAGGGCGAGGAAAAUAUCUUACCUGUGGGGCCGGAGCUGCCCAUGUGGGUGUGCUCACCAAAGACGGUGGUUAAAAAUCUUGUGGACGUCAAGGGCAUUCCCCGUGAGAAGUUUGGGAUUUCGAGGGUCCUCAAUUUUCCCGGCGUCACUGUCACUGUGGCAGACAUCUUGAAUGCAUUAGAGGCUGUAGGAGGAACAACAGCAAGAAACCUAGUUCGUGAAGAGAGGAGCCCGCAGAUCGAAGCCUUUGUGGGGAGUUGGCCGGCGUAUUUCGAUGUUUCCAAGGCCCUCGGUCUCGGCCUCUCUCAGGAUGGGGAUCUGGUAACCACAGUCAAGGACUUUGCAGAGCGCCUUCGGGCGGUUGUUUAGAUCUCUUUCUUCCUGGCGUGGGUGGUCAAUCUCAUGGCAUUUCCUAUGUACAUCUCUGAGGAGAUCAUCUAGGAGUAACGUACAUGAUAAGCGAGUGGGCCAGACAAGCGAGUGGGCCACCCAACCGCC